UACCAUAAUUAUUUGCGCAUGUAACAAAAAUGAAAAACCAAACACUACAUUGCCAAUCUUUUUUUUUUUUUUUAAACAUUUUAUGCAAGUACUGUCAUUCCUUAUACCUAAACCAAACAAGGCCUUAACUAAUAACCGUCAUUAUAGUUCCGUACUUCCUGAAUAACUGGAGAUCCUCUGAUAAUAAUUUUCAAGAUUCUUGAGAAUCAUUUGCAAGAAUUUCAAGAUUCUUCAAAUUUUGUUGCAUGGAAUUAGAAAACUUUGAAAACCAACACUUUCUUGAUCUUAUUAAAGUUGUUAAUCAACCUUAUACAUGCCAACCCACAAAGCCAAUUGGGUUGGCAAACUCUAAUCUUGGUUCUUUAGAGCCAAAAUUACGCAAUUUUAAUGGAAACUCAGAUGUGAUUUUGAGAAUGGAAAUGGAAAGAUCAAUGUCUAUGCUUCAGAUGAUGGUCAAUGAAGGUUUAGUGCCUUGUCCAGUAGAGGAAAUGAAAAGGAGAAAUGCCAUUGACAAGCUCAAAAAGAUAGUAGUGGAAUGGGUUAAAACGGUGACUUACCAGCGAGGUCUUCCAAAAAAGUACCUUAAGUUUGCCUCUGGGACAAUAUUGACAUAUGGAUCUUAUGGUUUGGGGGUUUAUAAUUCGGAGUCAGAUAUUGAUGCUUUGUGUGUUGGUCCUUACUUUGCCACUAUAGCUGAAGACUUUUUCAUCGUUCUGCAUGACAUGCUUGCAAGCAGGCCCGAAGUAUCAGAAAUCCACUGUGUCAAGGAUGCAAAAGUUCCUCUCAUGCGAUUCAAAUUUGAUGGGAUAUCCAUUGAUCUUCCCUAUGCACGACUCAAAGUAAUAUCCAUCCCUGAGAAUGUGGACGUAUUCAAUCCAUUCUUUCUGAAGAAUAUCGAUGACACGAGCUGGAAAAGUUUGUCUGGUGUACGUGCCAAUAGAAGCAUUCUUCAUCUUGUACCAAACAUAGAGGUAUUCCAAGCAGUGCUGCGUUGCAUCAAAUUAUGGGCUAAAAGACGAGGAGUUUAUGGAAAUUUGCUUGGAUUCUUUGGAGGAAUUCACUUGGCAGUGCUUACAGCAUUUAUCUGCCAAAGGCAUCCAAGUGCCAGCUUAAGUGCACUCAUUUUACUUUUCUUCAAGACAUUUGCCUUAUGGCCUUGGCCAACUCCAGUAAUUCUGCAAGACCGAAUAGCUAGGCCAUUCAUCCCGACUGAUAAGGUCUCCUGGAUGCCUAUCCAGUUACCAUGUAGCCCGUAUGAAUUCUGUCAUUCCAACAUUACCAGAAGCACAUUCUAUAAAAUCAGGACAGAGUUCCUGAGAGGACAUAUGCUGACUAAGGAUAUGUUGAGCCCAGAUUUUGAUUGGAAUAUCCUUUUUGAGCCUUUUCCUUAUGCAAGAAGAUACGGACUAUUCGUCAAAAUUUUCCUCUCAGCUUGUGACAAAGAUGAGCUAGGAGACUGGGUAGGUUGGGUCAAGUCACGCUUUCGCUCUUUACUGGUCAAGCUGGAGGAGUUAUUGGGUUUUUUUGACCCGAACCCAACUGAAUAUGUCGACACAGAUGCAUCGGAGCCAAAUAUCAUCUUUUAUUGGGGAUUACCAACUGGUAGGGUUGACCUAAUAAACGCAGAUCUCGUGGAAGAAUACUUUUUAAAGAGCGUUGAUAACGGAUAUCAAGGCUCAACAGGAACGAUGAAGUUAUCGAUCGUGAAAUCAUAUCAGUUGCCUAAAAAAGCUCAGUCUGCUUGCGAACGAAUGAACUCUAAGCCAUGUUGGAGGGUAGUCGAUGGCAAUCGAAAAAAAGUUCCUCAACAGUCCAAGUAUAAACCUCAUUGUGCUGAUGAGUAUUUGGCUACGAGUGAAAAUCCCGAGUUCCCUAGUGCUGGGGGUUAAGGUUGCUGUUAUUCGGAGAUAUUAGAGCGGGAUCUACUUUUUUGGAGAAUACAACUCGACGCAAUAACAAGAAUAUUUCUAGUAAAAACAGGUUUGACACUGCACAUAUUUGUUGAUCACACAUAUAGAGAAAAGGAAGAAACUUCGUACAUUUGCAUUGUGUUGUACUAAUUUUGAAACUCUUUUGACUCUCACAACUCUAAAUGUUUUUUUGUUUGGCUACUGAAUUGACCGAUAGAAGAAAAUGUAUAAAAAUAUUGAAUACUGAUGUAAUGAAAAGGUUACUUUCUUAUCCUUGUUUGACUUUUUAA